GAUUGUCACGUGAAUCUAGAAGGAUGACUAGGCCCAGAAAGUCUAGCCCCUGCAACACCUGCGCCCCACAUUGCGAUUCAACACGCGGAUUUGGCGACGACCCGAAUUAUUUGCUGCAGACGACUCAUUCAGCAGUACCCCGUAUUCAGGAAGCAUGGCAGGCUCAGUACUGGCCUCCGGGUCUGCAUCCUUGCGGACAUCUUCCGCUUCCGUCCUUGCCGCCUCCCUGCGAGCAAUGACGCUCGCACCCCGGAUCCGACCAGCUCAAGCGACGGCGCAUCAAGUUCGGCAUCUCUCCUGGACCGCUUCUCCCUCCCCGGCGAGCCGACAAUUGACCAUACGGACCCCGAUGAAUGCGGUACCACAGACAUCGACGGCCGCAGGGGCUGUUUCAGAGGCAAGGCCGUGUGGCGUGGUGGCCUUCCAGCAGCAGCAGACAAGAGGCAUGAAGGUCCAGAGCUCGGUGAAGAGACGGUGCGAGCAUUGCAAGGUCGUUCGACGGAAGGGAAACAAGCGACACAAGGGUUACAUCUACAUAAUCUGCCCGGCAAACCCGAGGCACAAGCAGCGGCAAGGAUAGAUGGGGCGGCAACGUUGAGAUGACCAUAUCGGAAGCCUGCUUGUGUUUGAAGUCGUAGGCCUUGUACAACAACUAUGGGGACGUGGGCAGCUCGGGAAUGUCUCUGCUAGAAGAGGAUGGCGGCCGAAGGGAUGAGGGAAGGCGAGAAGGCGAGAAGGGGAAAUCUGGAAGCGUGAAAACUAGCCAUGCCGUUGCAUUGCCACUACAGACUAUAGACCCUCAAUAUAUCUCUCCAUGCUCUCCC